CAAAAAUACUAAUAAUGCCAUUAAUUAUCCUUAAAAAUAAAGUUACAAGUUUAGUUUACAACUUUAAAUUAAUUUCAGUAAAUUCACAUGAACAUUGCCCGUAAAGGUGCAGUCGGGAAUAUUUAAGAGACAAUUGGGUGAUGCACUACAGUUGUAAUUAUGUCGUUAAUUCAUCAACAGGCAAAAAUAACAUUUAUUAUCAUCAGCUCUCGGACUUAUUAUUAUUGCUUCAAUUAUUGAGCGUGUGUGUGUGUGUGUGUUUUAAGUGUGACAGAUUGGGAUGAGGGGGUUAAAACCGUUGGAUGUUUGGGGGGAAAAAAGUGCAACUAAUCAGAACGCACAGUGGGGAUAACGAGUGAGUGUCAGUGAAGCUGAAUGACAGCGAUCACACGUUUACAGAGCUCGUUUAUGAACUGAAUUUUAAAAAAUAAUAUUGCAAUUAAAUCGCGUGUCCAAAGGAGAAUGGUUGAGUGGAGGAAGGAGUGAUAAACAUAAAGAAUAUAUAAGUGACUGAGUAAAUAUUGCUUUUGAAAAAGAUGAUCUAUUUCUAUUAUUAAUUCAUGAUUUUUUUAAUUAUUAUUAUUUAUUAGGCCUGUAAUGAUUAUUUAUGUGAAUUAAAGAGCCGAGUUCAAUUCAACUGCUUUUAAUUUAUAGCUCAAGCCUCCACUUUUUGAGGGGAAAAGUGGAGCCUAAAGAAACAGAAACUAAGUGAUUUACUUCGCACUAAUUUGUGCGAUUUAAAUCGAACUUUAAAUUGACUUAGAGUGUGUGUUGUUUUGAGGGGAGGGGGCGAGGACAGCUGGAGAUGAAGCAGGGGCCGUUUUCGGUGGAGCGCCGUGCGUUUCUGGAUAAACUGACUGGUAACUGGUGCGUUUUCAUCCAAGUCACCUUCUUGCUUUCUCUUGUCCACUCGUGGAACAGGUGUCCCGGUGUUAACACGGUGCGCGCGGCGGACCAGGGACAGGAAGAAAAACCCAGUUCACCCUCGGGAGCUCCAUCAGUUUUCAAGAUUUUCUCCAACUUCAGCCCUCAGACAAACAUUAGCAUGAUGUCGUAUUUAAAGCAACCACCUUACACAGUCAACGGCCUCAGCUUAACCACUUCCGGCAUGGACCUCCUGCAUCCAUCCGUGGGUUAUCCAGCGACGCCGCGGAAGCAGAGGCGAGAAAGGACUACUUUUACGCGCGCACAGCUCGACGUUUUGGAGGCGUUGUUCGCCAAAACUCGAUAUCCGGACAUAUUCAUGCGCGAGGAGGUGGCGCUGAAAAUCAAUCUACCUGAGUCCCGAGUCCAGGUCUGGUUUAAGAACCGGCGGGCAAAGUGUCGCCAGCAGCAGCAGCAGCAGCAGAACGGAGGCCAGAACAAGGUGCGACCUGCCAAGAAGAAAAGUUCCCCCACCAGAGAAGUGAGCUCAGAGAGCGGGGCCAGCGGACAGUUCACGCCCCCCACCAGCACCACCACAGUCCCCGCCAUCCCCACCAGCACCGCCCCGGUGUCCAUCUGGAGCCCGGCGUCCAUCUCUCCGCUCUCGGACCCGCUGUCUACCUCCUCCUCCUCGUGCAUGCAGAGGUCUUACCCCAUGACUUACACCCAGGCCUCGGGCUACAGCCAGAGCUACGCCGGCUCCACGUCCUACUUCGGCGGCAUGGAUUGCAGCUCUUACCUCACUCCCAUGCACCACCAGCUGUCAGGCCCGGGCUCGACACUCAGCCCGAUGAGCACGAACGCGGUCACGAGCCACCUGAACCAGACCCCGGCGUCCCUCCCCACGCAGGGCUACGGGACGUCCGGCCUGGGCUUCAACUCCACAGCGGACUGCCUGGAUUAUAAGGACCAAGCCGCGUCGUGGAAGCUGAACUUCAACGCAGAUUGCUUGGAUUAUAAGGAUCAAACUUCCUCGUGGAAAUUCCAGGUCCUGUGAACAGAGCAAUCAGACACACACAAGUGCACAAACAGUGACGACCACACACAUCAGGCACAGCGCUGCAAACGCCACCCCUCAAUAAUAAGAAGAACGCACCAGACUGGUUGAAAUGUGAGCCGGGCUCGACGAGGCUGUGGGCCCUCAGGGGCCUCCACAUAUUUCUGGCAUGAUGGUCUUUGGUCCUCUAUGAAAAGGAGAGGUUUAAUUUAUUUUAGGACUGGCAAAGAGAUUUGUUUCCCCCGUUCAUUCACAGGUUGUAGCCCCUCAUCCAUGCGUGACAGCGCGCGCCUCUGUGCGUAAAAACACCUGUUGAUGAAAACGCAGAGUGAACUCCCGAGACAAAAGAAAAAAAAAAACACCACAAGAGCCACGGAACCUAAUGUUUAUCCACGAAUUGAACUCGAGCUCAUGAACAGAAACCCUUCUCUGCUUCUUCUUCUUCUUCUUCUUCUUACUCAUGCAGCUUUUGCCGACCUGCUGGCACGGACACAUGCGCGAGGAUGGUGCGUGGACAUGGAUGCACUACUUUAUUUAAGAAAAAAAAGUGUUUAUAAGGAAUCAAUAUGUAGUUUCUAAGAGACAAUCAGUGUGUGUCUUAUAUAAAUGGUACAUAUGUGUUUUUUUUUGUUUUUUUUUAUCUGUGCUAGACUUGGAAACUGUGAUCUGUUGUAUUGUAUGCAAUUUGUGAGCCUCCCCCUCGCGCCACACUCUCUCGUCUCUGCUGUGACUUUAAAAGACGCCCAUGGUUCCACCACAAAGAGAGACACGAGACUUCUGAAGUAACAAUGAUAAUAUUAAUAAUGAUGAUGAUGAUGAUGAUGAUGAUCAAGGUUUAGCCAUACACUGGAAAAGACUCUCUGCUGCUGCCGAGAGCUCCGCUUUUUUUUCCUCCCCCUCCCUCCAUUUAUCUCAGUACACGGUGAUUGUGGCCCCAAAGAUGGUGUGACCUCACCGCUGAAAAGACACGAAUAAAGGUCCUGCAGUGAGAUUAUA